GAAUAUAAAAUAAAUGCCCUUCCUUCCAGGAAUUCUGUAGUAAUGGUUCACUUGCAAAGGUUUUUAAGAACAGGUCAAUUGUAUAGGAGUGAUAAGAAGGAAAAAAGUAUGGGUUUUCUUCCAGUCUUUUUUUCUUCCUGUCCGUACUGUUUUUGUUUUCAUAUCCAUUUAAAAACUUUUUUUUUUUUCAAAUUUGUGCUAUUAAAAAUGCCUUUGAUAAACAUAACAAUGAAUAGAAGACCAAUAUUAAAUUCUUCUUUCUCUUUUCUCUUUCCAGUUUUGGUACAUAGCAGUUUUGUGUGUUCCACAAAUUCAUCUUUCACAUGCCUCAUCAUUAGAAAAACACUCAAAGGUAAUAAAAAUAAAAAGCAAAGGCAUUCUUGAUUUUCAUAAAAAAUAUCCCAAGCAGUAAAAAAGUGGAACAAAUCUCUGCAAUACAUACACAGCCAGGCUCUUCUGUAGUUUUUUUUUUUUGUGUUUUUUUUUUCCAGAAGCACCAGCUGUUUUUUGCAUACUAGCAUAAGGAACACAUUUGCAGAUGCAAUUUAUGGGAGUUUUGUUUAUGCACUGGGUGGGGAUUAACAGUUAAUUUUAAUUAAUGUGGCAACACCAAGUUCAAAGAAGAUGGGAAAACUGUAAAUCUCCUAAGACCACUACUGCUGGCUGUGGCUGUGGAUGCAGAAAAGGUCUGCAUGGAAUUUUCCACAGCAACAUUUUUACUGAGUUUUACAUGCUGUAAUCAUUUCUCCUUCCUUAUUUCACAAGAAACCUCCUGAUUUAGCAGGUCUUUAAUUGCACUCUUGUGCUUUCCAAUCUUUGGUGUGUCUUCAUAGCAUUUCUGUGGAUCAGACAAAUACCACUGCUGCCAUUUCAAGUGACAGUUCAUCAAGAAGAGCCUGUGACAGGGCAGGCACCUGACUGCAAGGUCUGUUUUCUGAGCAGCUGGCACCUGGGCAAAGCCAACCGCAUCGACAGAAAAAGAAUGGCACACUCAUUCAUGGAAACAAGUAAAUGAAUAGCAGGCAACCUGGAUUCAAAAAUAAAUCAUGUCAAAGCAAUCUAAGUUUCCCCUGUGAUAAAUAAUGAGCCUUGUGUAGACAUGAAGCAGUGAAUGUCAUACUUCUUGGUAAGGCAGUGCUCUUGGCAGUUUCAGUGCUCUUGCAGUAAAGCUGGGGAAGCGAAGCCUCUGACCUGGUUGAGGAACUGCUCAGAGAAUGGUCAGAAAAUGGUUUGGACCGAAUGAAAGGUGUGAGCAGGUUUUUUACCGUGAUCAGUCUUGGGCCUGAAGUUCAAUAGAUCUGCUCUGUGAAUUUAACUUAGCUGACAAUUCAGUAUGAAUAUUAGCAAAAAUUUUCUAACAAGGACAGUUGAGCACUGGAUUAACUGCAGCGUUCAGUGGCGACUCGUUACAGUUCCCCAAGCACAAGUUCAACAUUUCUUUUAGGGAAAAGAGGGCAAAUUCAGUGAUGAGGUCCCAUUUUGGCUGACACUGUACAACCGCAUGUUUUAGUGGUGAAACAUUUGACUGCUCCUUUCCAUCCUGUUUGCACCUUCCACUGAAAGCCCACUGACCUUGUCAGGUCACACCCAGAUCUGGCAUAGAAAUCAAUGAAUAGAGCAAAGCUGUCCUAGGAGAAGACUCUUCUUACUGGGUUGGUUUUUUGGUUGGGUUGGUUGGCCUUGUUUAUUUGUUUGUUUGUUUUUUUCUGGCGUUUUUUGUUUGUUUGUCUUUGUCAUUGGCUUUCCUGUUCUUCCAGACUCAGCAGAAAGCCAAAAGAAUGAGCUUGGGAUGGAGGAUGAGAAGAUUGGGGUGAUUUUACAGUUUGGUUCCUGGCUGGGUAUGCAACACUGGGCUCUUGACCUACUCCAUAUCCAAUAUGGGAACAGUGUGACAGUCACACCCAGCGGCUGCCAUUAAUGCAGGGACACACAGCCACAGGGCUCACAAAUUCAGCCCAAUGUACGUCCUGCUGAGAAAUUCUUUCUGCCAUGCAGAAGUAACAACCCAGACUGAGCCAAGUAAAUAACAGUAAGCUGAGCUAAUUAGUUUAAUGAGCUAAUAUGAAGUAGCUACAUCAGAGUCUCACUUUGAUGCUAAUUCCCUCAUGUACAGAGUCCUUUUAUGUCCCAGGCUGCUGUUCAAACCACUGGACCAAUUUGCCAGCCUCUGUUAAUUUAAGUCUGUUAUUAAUGAAUGAGAAAGUGCAUGGAUCUGGUUGCAAGAGAAGGAUAUUUGUUUUAUUUCAUCCUGUCAUAGCUUUUCCCUCAAGGUUUGUCUCGCUGAGAGGGAAGUCUCACUACCAGAGAAGGACAUAAAUAGUGCAAAGUUUUUUCUGGAGCUCAGCUGCUGUACGCAGUCCCUUUAGGCUCUGCAAAGUUUUAAUGCUUUCUGGUAAAAGCAUUGACUUCAGGUCUUCUAAACAAAACUCACCAAGAUGCUUGCAGCCUGUCCCUGCGCUUUCAUAGCAGGAGCCCUUUAGCUUGUUUGUCUCUCUCCUGCCUUUUUUUUUUUCACUUAAAUGUUCAGUUUACUUUUCUAAAGUGACUCCUAUGUACUACUGAGUGCCCCUCUUUUACCUCACUCCUAACAUUAGCAUUACAGCAUUUUUUGUUUCUUUUCAAAUUUCCUUUCCUUUUCUUUUGCUAUUCUUCUUGUUGAAUAUAGAUUUUUCUGCUUCAGCUCUUGGUCUCACCUUUCUUACUGAGACAAAUGUCUGUUUCUGGGAUCUUUUGUGUGGUCACAAAUCUGUGUAUUAUCUUUUGAUAAUGUAAAUACACAGCUGAAGUCUUCUUUAAGAAUGAUCCCAUGGCUUUUUGAUAUCAGCUGUAGAAAGGAGCACCUGUGAGCCCACUGUUAGCCAGAAAAGAGCCUUUGAAAUAGUACUUUCUACUAUUUAUCAUUUAACACGUUUAAUAAGCUGUAUUUUAUCAAAUAUCACUGUAUCUUUUUCAAAUGGUUUUUGAGAAUGUCUCACCAUUUUUGUUUCCUAGAUUCCAGAUAAUGUGAAAAUGUUGCAUUUUUCUCUGGAAUCAUCCCAUAGCAAAUUCCAAAUCAAUGUCUUCUGUAGAAGUGGUGUAGUGUUUUCACGAUUCCACUAUUCACUUCUCACAAGCAGAGUGUCGACGGCACCAGAAGGGGAACAUAUCUAGGGGAAACACCAGCAUGAUACAAGACUCAGGAUUUAAAAUACAUGGACUAUCCCUAAGAUCCUGUUAUUAAACUGAGGUGUUCAGUGCCACAUCGAAUUCAGUGUGGUGGGGGCUGAUGCGCAAGGGAUGCUCUAGCCCAGAAAAGCACAAUCUUUGCAGCUGGGCCAUACAACUGCACCACACAACUACUGCUACGACACAAGCCAAAGACUGAUCCUUUGCUGAAAACACUAUCAGUAACAAAAUCUUUAGCUAAAUUAGGCUUUAUUAAUUGAUGGAUUGACUUUCCAAUGUGGUAAAGGAAAUGUAAUUACAAUGUGGACAGAACAUGAGCAACUAUUCAACUACUGAAAGGUACUUCAGAAGGACAGCCUGUAUUUGUGAGUGAGCACACAGCUGCUUGUUGUGAGACGGAAACCCAGACGGAACGUUGGUGGCCAGAAGCAGAGUUAAAUGCAUUAAAAACUGGUUUUAAAAAUAUGAGUAACAGACUGUAAUGCUGAAAUAGCCGCACACGCACACUGACUGCUUUCCCGCUCCGCCUGCCAGUGCCAGUCCCUGUGUUUCCACCCCGCACAUCUGACGAGACCACAUUAACAUCACGGCACAAAAUUAACUGCAUUAGUUUCACACCAGGACUUGUGAACUAUUCAGGACAGCAACGGGGGAAGCCUGAAGGUUAUUUAUUAACACUACAGGGCCUCGCAUCCGCGGCUUCUCACAUCAGAGCCAAUACAAGCGGACUGACGCGCAUUCGAGCGUCCGCCACACCGCGCAGCGCACGGCACGGCUGAGCGCGUCGAGCUUCCCGCCCUCGGGGGAAGCUCCCUGCAGACACGGCCGGGCCGCGCAGUGCCGGCAGCGCUGCCUCGUGCCGCGGCUCGGCACAAAGGCGCGGCGUGAUGUCGGCGCAGCGCCGGUGGGCGCGAGGGGCAUUGUGAGGCGCCCGGCCACGUGCCGCACGCGUGGGCUCCCAGCGAGACGCGUGCGGAUCUCGAGCCACGAAAAGUUUAUUUCUCCACCGUCGCGGUGCUCGCGUGAUCGAAAUCCGGCUCCUUUUCCAUCUUCUCGAUUUUACGGGACGCACGUCCCCGUCUGCCCGGCAGCAAGAAGGCUGCGAAGUGCGGCCGACGCUGUUCAGCCACCGUUCAGCGCUCGCUCCCCCUCCAGCGGCCGCUCCCCGGCGCCCACCGCCGCGCUGGGGGCGGGAUGCCGGCGGGCGCGGGGCGCGGAGGGGCUGAGGGCGGCGGCGCCCCCCCGGGCCGGGGGGCGGGGGCGAGCACUGUCCCGGCCGGCGCUGAUCUCACGCUCCCAUUGGCCGCUGUCUGCGCUGACGUCACGAUCAUGAUGAGAAUUAAUGAUCGGAGGCGCUGAUUUCAUUGUGUGACGCCGGGACCGACCCAGCCGAAACCGGCUGAAUCCGGAGCCCCGAGCCCCCCAGACCGGCCCCGCGCAGCACGUUUCAAUGUGUUGCCCACCAGCUGGACGCCUGGUUUUCCAAAAAGCUCCAACGUGUCUUUUCUAAGCUUGACGAGUCAAGAUUAAAAUUCAAUUAUGAUAAGAAUCCAUGUGGAUUUCUAACUUGGAGUCUGCAGCUCAAGAUAAAGAUGAAUCUGCGUUCUGUAUUUACUGUAGAACAACAAAGGAUAUUACAGCGUUAUUAUGAAAAUGGAAUGACAAAUCAAAGUAAAAAUUGCUUUCAGCUCAUAUUACAGUGUGCACAAGAAACUAAACUGGACUUCAGUGUAGUCAGGACGUGGGUUGGCAAUAAAAGAAGGAAGAUGAGCAGCAAGAGUGCUGUAGAAUCUGGAGGUGCUCCCCCAGGGACUGCCCCUGCUGCUCCCUUGGUACCGCCGGAAGCAACAGUUAGAAAUGUGGUAAAUAUUGCUCGGUCCCAAAGUCAGCAGUCUUCUUGGACCUCUUCUAAUAACGAUGUAAUAGUUACUGGUAUAUACAGUCCUGCUAGUUCAUCCAGUAGGCAAGGAUCCACCAAGCAAACAAAUGCUUCAAUGGCAGAAGUACAUAAAACCUCUAUUCCGAGACUACCAGGAAAAAGUGAUGCAGACUUUCAGCAGCAGCACAUCCCUAUAGGGAGACAAAUACCACACUGUAAAAAUGCCUCACUAUUAGUAGGGGAAAAAACUAUUAUUUUAUCUAGACAAACAAGUGUACUGAAUUCUGCGAACUCCAUUUAUAGUCACACAAAAAAAAGCUAUGGUGGUUCAUCAGUCCAAACUGCAGAGUUGGUGUUACCUCAGAAACCAAUGAUAUGCCACAGACCCUGCAAAGCUGAACUCAUGGGAUGUCAGAGGUUACAAAAACCAGAACAUGCAGCUCUUGCAUCGCAUGUGCCCCCUGGACAAAGGGCUAACACUAGGGACCCUUCCUGUAGCACACAAAACCUGGAAAUCCGCGAGGUUUUUUCUCUGGCGGUUACAGAUCAACCUCAAAGAAUUGUGGGAGGAAGUACAGCACAGAAGCAUUGCUCAGUGGAAGGCAGCUCUCUGUCCAUUGCGAUGGAAACUGGAGAUGUGGAUGAUGAAUAUGCUAGAGAAGAAGAACUAGCAUCCAUGGGAGCACAAAUACAAAGCUAUUCAAGAUACUGUGAAAGUAGCAGUUCUGUUCGAGUGGAGAACCAAAGUGCAGCCUUGUCUGGGCCAGGAAGAAAUGUGAGCUGUAGUUCUCAGAUGGUGAAUGCCAGGGACGUGCCUGACAGUAUGCUGUAUCAUAGCAGAGACUACCACUUGCCUGCACGGACCUCAUUACAUACAUCCAGUACAUUAUAUAACACUGCUAAUACAUCAAGAAGUACUUUUUCUCCUCAUUUUACAUCUUCAAAUCAACUGAGGCUGUCACAAAACCAAAAUAAUUACCAGAUUUCAGGAAACCUUACUGUGCCUUGGAUUACAGGUUGUUCCAGAAAAAGAGCAUUACAGGACCGCACCCAAUUUAGUGACCGAGACUUAGCGACCCUAAAGAAAUACUGGGACAAUGGCAUGACCAGCUUGGGCUCAGUCUGCAGAGAGAAAAUUGAAGCUGUUGCUGCAGAAUUAAAUGUUGACUGUGAAAUAGUGCGGACAUGGAUUGGGAAUCGAAGACGGAAGUACCGUUUAAUGGGGAUUGAGGUCCCACCCCCUAGAGGAGGUCCUGCUGAUUUCUCUGAUCAAUCUGAAUUUGUUUCUAAAUCAGCACUUAAUCCAGGAGAGGAAACUGCUACUGAAGUGGGGGAUGAUAAUGAUAGGAAUGAUGAAGUAUCAAUCUGCUUAUCUGAAGGAAGCUCACAAGAAGAAACAAAUGAAGCUCUUCAAAAUGAAGAAAUUCAUCACAAAGAUGAUGAGCGGAAUCCAGUAUCUGCUGAUAAUGUGAAAAUAGAAAUUAUAGAUGAUGAAGAAAGUGAUAUGAUAAGUAAUUCUGAAGUGGAUCAAAUGAGUUCUCUUUUGGAUUACAAGAAUGAAGAAGUCAGAUUCAUUGAAAAUGAGUUGGAGAAUCACAAACAGAAGUAUUUUGAACUGCAGACGUUUACACGGAGUUUGAUACUUGCUAUUAAAUCAGAUGAUAAGGAACAGCAGCAGGCACUGCUCUCAGACUUACCUCCUGAAUUAGAAGAAAUGGAUUUCAAUCACACAUCACCAGAGCCUGAUGAUACCUCAUUCAGCUUGUCGUCUUUAUCGGAGAAAAAUGCCUCGGACAGUUUGUGAUUUUACUUCAUUUUUUUAAUUAUUUCUAAUUGACAGAAAGAAACCUCACAUAAUGUGUAAGUUUCAAGAGAACAACAUUUUGCUAUACGGUGUUCUUCAACCCAAAAAGGAAAGCCCAAGUUGAAGUAGACCUCCCUGAAGAAUGACUGUAGUACAUAAUGGCUGCAGUUUGCGAUGUCAAGAAAUUUUGAGUGUUGUUUUUGCUAAAUGAAAAAACUGUGUGAGGAAAUGUUUCACUUUUAGCAGUUUGGCCUUGAUUAGGAUAACUUCUGACUUUCCAGAAUAACACUUGCUCUGUAGCAAAGACUUUUUGAGCAGGGAUCCAAGAGUGGAAAACAAAUGUCCUGUUACACAAACA